GAUGUCAUGUACUUGAGAAGUUGGAAGCAUGCCCCAAUGGCAACGUUGGAAAAGCUUCCUAAUUUACACAAACUCUUCUUGAACGAUGACGUCAUUAUCGGGGGGGGGGGGGGGGGGGGGGGAAUUGUCUGCUCCGCUAUGGGCUUUCCACAACUCAAAAAACUUGAACUAGUUGAUUUAAGCAAUUUACAAAAGUGGAGGGUGGAUAAAGGAGCCAUGCCAAAACUUUCUACUUUAAUAAUCUUUUCUUGCGCCAGAUUGCAAAGGGUUCCGGUGAGAUUGAAGUUCAUCACUACUCUCCAAGAGUUGUCAAUUGGAAAUAUGCCCAAUGAAUUCACGGAAAGGAUUCGAAUUGUAGACGGGAAAGAAGUAGAAGAUUUUGACAGAGUCCAACACAUCCCUUCCAUCGUCUUUUAG